GACCUGAACAUGGCGACCAGAACAAAGUGGCGAAAGGUUUUGUAUGAAAAUCAAGGAGUUCCAGACAAUUACGUGGACGAGACUUUCCUGGAUGAACUUAAAAAGAAUUUGUAUACAAGGAAGUACGACUACUGGUCUGUAUUAAAGGAGUCAGGAGUUGUCACACAGCAAAUUAGCAGUGUAUGCUUGUUUGUGGUGGUGUACAUCUCCAUGAGUGAGAAGAUGUUGUCACCAGAGUUACUGUUCCUGAUUUCCUCACUCCUCACUCUGAUUGGUUACAUAACCUAUGAUAUCAUAGAUGACAGAGAAGGACGUUCAGAGUCAGGGCGCUCCAGGGUGGAUGAUUUGAAGACUGUUGUGAUGUUCAUUGGGUUCAGUUUUGGUUUGUCUCCUGUCCUGGUCUCCCUGACGGAGACCAUCAGCACAGACACAAUCUACGCCAUGACCACCAUUACACUGCUCGCUAACUUACUCUGCCAUGAUUAUGGAGCCAACUCUGCCAUGGUGUCCUGGUCUGUGUCACUCAAUGCAGGAUUAUUUGCCUCUGUCUGUCUGGCGUCACGACUUCACAGCUCAACGUAUGCAUUUUCAUUGGUCACGUUUUCUUUAGAGUUGUUUGCCCUUUGGCCUUUACUGCGACGUAAACUGAAGCAGACAUGUCCCAGCAGUCACAUUCUCCUGACAGUGCUGUCUGGUAUAGGUGCAGCCCUCAUGUUGCUGCAUGUGUCAGCAGUUUGCGCUAUUCUCUACAUACUUCUUCACAUCUUCAUCACAUUUGUCUGCCCAGCCUGGCUCAUCAGUCUCCAACCAUUUAAAAAUAACAUAUAUGGUCCUUGGGAUGAAGCUGUUAUCCAGGACAGCUGAGAGUGACAUGGGAAAAACCUGUAAUCAAGCCAC